AUGAGUCACAGUCGGACUAACAUCCUCAGAGAUACUGAAUCUAGAAGUCGAGCAUUAUCUAUCUAUCUAUCUAUCUAUCUAUCUAUCUUAGCAUUUCAUUAUAUAUGUUAUAGGUGUAUUUCAGACUGUUCAUAUCUAUCUAUUCCAAUCUUUCAUUAUCUAUUGAUCUAUCUAUGUCAGUCUUUCAUUAUACAUCAUUAUGUAUAUUUCAGACUGUCCAUAUCUAUCUAUCUAUCUAUCUAUCUAUCUAUCUGUCAUUAUCCAUUUCAAUCUUUCAUUAUCUAUCUACCUCAGUCUAUUCAUAUCUGUCCAUCUAUCUAUACAUUUCAAUCUUUCAUUAUCUAUCUAUCUAUCUAUCUAUCUAUCUAUCUUCCAAUCUGUCAUAAUCUAUUUCAAUCUUUCAUUAUCUAUCUACCUCAGUCUAUUCAUAUCUGUCCAUCUAUCUAUACAUUUCAAUCUUUCAUUAUCUAUCUAUCUAUCUAUCUAUCUAUCUAUCUAUCUAUCUAUCUAUCUAUCUAUCUUCCAAUCUGUCAUAAUCUAUUUCAAUCUUUCAUUAUCUAUCUACCUCAGUCUAUUCAUAUCUGUCCAUCUAUCUAUACAUUUCAAUCUAUCUAUCUAUCUAUCUAUCUAUCUAUCUAUCUAUCUAUAUUAGCAUUUCAUUUAUAUCUACGGACUGUUCAUAUCUCUCUAUUCCAAUCUUUCAUUAUCUAUCGAUCUAUCUAUAUAUACUGUUCAUAUCUAUCUAUCUAUCUAUCUAUCUAUCUAUCUAUCUAUCUAUGCCAGUCUAUUCUUAUCUAUCUAUCUAUCUAUCUAUCUAUCUAUCUUCCAAUCUCUCAUUAUCUAUUUCAAUCUUUCAUUAUCUAUCUACCUCAGUCUAUUCAUAUAUGUCCAUCUAUCUAUACAUUUCAAUCUUUCAUUAUCUAUCUAUCUAUCUAA